CUUCUACCCCAUAUCACCCGAGCUGAUAGUCGCUCCCUAUGGUACCAACUGUCAAUGGCGAAUCCAAUCUGGAAGUGCAACCCGUCCAUCAACGAUAGCCGAACGCUACGACAGGCCAUCGAUGCAUACCGUCAAGAUAAUCUCAAUGCAACACGCUCCGCGCCUCACUCGAAACUGAUUAAAUGCUGCCGUCCAACCAUCUCUCUUGACCCUAUUCUUUGGCUUCCCAUGUCUUUUAUUGAACGUAGUCGCUGCCUUAGAUAUAGGCUGGGCUGGCUUCCAAACAACUAUUCCGCCCAUUGCCUGCAUCACCCAUCACGCACUCUCACGAAAGACCAUGCCAUCGAAUGCCUCAAUAUGCACAACCGUCUACAGCUGCCACACGACAUCUCUGAUCCCAUUUCUCACCUGUUGAACCAGCUUCCAACCCGACCAAUAAAACAGCGCGCCAAUGCUCCCGUCAACUGGAGCAUAGUCUGGCCAAUUGUCCAACUGCUACUUUUUGAAGUCGAUUACCUUCAACAUGAGAAAAUGCCUCCCACCCCGUCAGAAACAUUAGGACAGCUUUUCCUAGAUUGGCUCUAUGCGCCCACAACCACCAAUACUUAA